AUGGGCAAGGCUAUUCACUUUGGUGGCGGUAACAUCGGCCGUGGCUUCGUUGGAGAGUUCCUCCACGAGGCCGGCUAUGAAGUCGUCUUUGUCGACGUUGUCGACGACCUCAUUGCUUCCAUUCAGAAGACCCCCUCAUACGAGAUCACUGAGAUCAGCGAAGACGGCGAGAAGAAGAAGACGAUCACCAACUACCGCGCCCUCAGCUCCAAGACUCAAGAAGCCGACGUCGUCCAGGAGAUUUCGACCGCUGACAUCGUGACCUGUGCUGUUGGACCCCGAAUUCUUCAGUUCAUCGCUCCCGUCAUUGCCAAGGGUCUCGACUCCCGCAGCGUAUCACAUCCUCUAACUGUCAUUGCUUGCGAGAACGCUAUCAAUGCCACCGACACCCUCCGCGGCCACAUCGAAAAGAAGGCCAAGCCCGAGUCCAUUUCUGAGCGCGCCGUCUUCGCCAACUGCGCUAUUGACCGUAUCGUCCCUAACCAGCCUCCCAACAAUGGCCUCAACGUCCGCAUUGAGAAGUACUGGGAAUGGGUUGUUGAGCGGACUCCCUUCGAGAAGAAGGGCGUUGCACCCCCCAACGUCUCUGCCAUCCACUGGGUUGACAAGCUCGACCCCUACAUUGAACGCAAGCUGUUCACUGUCAACACCGGACACGCCACGACCGCCUACUACGGCCACCUUGCUGGCAAGAAGACAAUCGCAGAUGCGCUCCAGGACACUCAGAUCCGUGAGACUGUCCACAAAGUCCUCGACGAGACUGCCUCUUUGAUCAUCAACAAGCACGGUAUUUCCGAGAAGGAACAGAAAGAAUAUGUCGACAAGAUCGUCAGCCGUAUCUCCAACCCCUACCUCGAGGACGGCGUUGAGCGUGUGGGUCGGGCUCCACUGCGCAAGCUCUCCCGCGAAGAGCGCUUUAUCGGACCUGCCUCCCAGCUUGCUGAGCGCGGUCUGAAGUUUGAUGCUCUGCUUGGGGCUAUUGAGCAAGCGCUUCGCUUCCAAAACGUCGAGGGUGACGAAGAGAGCAAGGAGCUCGCCCAGAUUCUCAAGGAGAAGUCCGCUGAGGAAGCCACCAGCCACUUGACCGAGCUCAAGGAGGACCACCCUCUGUACUCCCACGUGCUUGAACGUGUCAGGACCGUUCAGCAAGAGUCCAAGUAG